GAAAACACAAGUACAUCCAUCGAAACAACAUCAAUCUCUUCCUAAUAUCUUUUUCUCUCACCCAACUAAUAUAUUGACUGAGAAAUGGCGCAGCCGGCAGCGGUGGUUGACGGUGGUGGUGGGCCACCACAACAACAACAACCUCAACCUCAACCUCAGGGCAUGGGGCAGAUGGUCACCGGAAUAAUAAGAAUAGCUGUUAUAUAUUACUUUGCUUCCAAGUUUUUUUCACCCAGUAAACCUCAUGGUGGUGCUCCAGGCUCUUCCGAUCCUGCUAUUCAGAUCUCCAAUCUUUUUCAUAAAUCUGAAUCUUUGGAUAUGUGGUUUUAUCUCUCUGAACAUGAGAAGUUUAAUGAUUUCGGGAAUGAAGAGGCACUUAUAUGGCACGAAUCAAAUAUACCUUAUGCAGUUUGGACGCCAGAGAGCACUCGUACUCUUUCUUUGAAGUAUUAUCCUUCUGAGGCUUUAAAGCAUAAUGGGAGUGUAUUUGCCCACGUCUUCUUUGCACGUUCUGGAUUUCCAGUAGACCCUAAUGACCCUGAAUACCAGCCGUUGUCUGCAUUUGGACUGAAACAUCCUAUCGUGACAUACUUGCCAAAGUCAAAAGCAAACAAAAAGAAGAGCCUAUUGGGGAACUCCAAAGACAACAUUGAGGAUGUUGCAGUCUUUGAGGUUGAUGAUGAACCUCAAGCUGAUUCAAAGGAUGAUGGUCCUAUGGAUUCAUAUUGGAAACCAAAUAUCACUGUUAACCUGGUUGAUGAUUUUUCGAAGUACUCUCAACGUGCAAUUCCACCGAAUGUUGCUCCUCACAUGAAUAUUGAACCCACCUCGGGGAACUAUUAUCCAACUGUCUUCUUCAACGAGUUUUGGUUACUUAGAGAUAAGCUUAUAGCAAUCAAUGAGACAGUGAUGGAGUUGCCCCUUCAUUUGGAAGUGGCUCCUAUAAGCAUGACAAAAUGGCAGUUAUUUCUUCAAAUUGAUCAAUCAUUCCAGAUUCAUCGCAGUUAUGGUAGUAUGCUUGAAGGAGAAGCCGAUGAGCUUAAGAGAGUGUUCGUGGAAGGAAAUCCAUAUCUCCUGGGAAUUACUAUGUUUGUAUCACUGCUUCAUUCAGUAUUUGACUUUUUGGCCUUCAAGAAUGAUAUACAGUUCUGGAACAAAAAUAAAUCUAUGGAAGGACUUUCUGCAAAAUCAGUGGUUGUGAGUUUUAUUUGUCAGUUAGUUAUCUUCCUCUACUUACUAGACAAUGAUACCUCUUGGAUGAUACUUGCAAGUUCUGGAAUUGGGGUCUGCAUAGAGUUCUGGAAAAUAGGGAAAGCAAUGCACAUUGAGGUUGAUAGAACUGGUAGCAUACCUAAAUUGAAGUUCAGCGAUAGGGAUUCUUAUGCAGGAAACAAGACAAAAGAAUAUGAUGAUCUUGCAAUGAAGUAUUUGUCGUAUGUACUUUUCGUACUUGUUGGCUGCUCUUCUGUAUAUUCACUCAUGUAUGAAACCCACAAAAGCUGGUACUCAUGGAUCCUCUCAUCACUUACAAGCUGUGUAUACAUGUUCGGUUUCAUUAUGAUGUGCCCACAGCUGUUCAUCAAUUAUAAGCUAAAAUCGGUUGCUCAUUUACCAUGGAGGCAGAUGACUUACAAGUUUCUCAAUACAAUUAUUGAUGAUCUAUUUGCCUUUGUAAUAAAGAUGCCAAUGCUACAUAGACUUUCCGUCUUCCGUGACGAUGUAAUAUUUCUGAUAUAUUUGUAUCAAAGAUGGGCUUAUCCAGUGGACAAAAAGAGAGUGAAUGAGUUUGGUUUUGGCGGAGAGGAUGAAGAUGAAACAGCCGUAGCCCUAACCUCGGUCUCUGGCAGUAGUACAGAGGAGAAGAAAACCAAGUGAGACUGGCUGACCUAAAAUAAUAUCAAGUUUUGAAAAGACUUUAGACUAUAGAUUAUUACAGUUUUUAAGAUUAUUUUGUUUUGACUGUGAUUGACUUUAUCUAAACAUGUUGAUCUUGAUAUUAUUAAAUUCAAGUAGAAAAGAAGGUACAACUUAUGUAGUUUUAGAUUACGAUUGUCCAUUUUUCAUCUAUUUGCAUAAUAUCUAAUUAUUUCUAUUAA